AUGUUGGUCAUCAGAAGAAAUUUUGGAAUGGAAUAUCCACAGCACUGUGUAAAAUACUAUGGACCACAUCCUACAUCUUGUUUGAAAACGAUUUGGAGUCAUUUUGAAUGUUUGGAACUUGGAACUAAAUAUCCUGAUAAACUUACAACAGAGGAACAUCAAAGAUAUGACGAACAAACACUUAGGGAAGUCAUCAGUGAUUUUAAAAACACAAGGAACAAGGCUGAUAGUGCUUCUAAACAACAUCAACAAUACUGUUUUGGAAUGGAAUAUCCUCUCCGUUGUACGUUAUAUUAUGGACCUCACCCUGUUGAAUGUUUGGUAACGAUCUGGAUUUCGGAACUUUGUUUACCUGAUGGUCAUAAACAUCCAACUAAACUUUCCAAUGACGCCUUGGAACGGCAUGAUCAAAUGAAUCAAAGAGAAAUUAUAAGUGAAUUCAAGUCUAUCAAAUCUUCUGCAGAUGAAGGUGAUCAUGACAAUCAGAAUUUUUGUUUUGGAAUGGCAUAUCCCAAGCACUGUGAUGAGUAUUAUGGACCAUACAUUAUUGAUUGUCUUAAAACAAUUUGGGAAAUGGUAAGAUGCCUUCCUGAUGGAUCAAAAUUUCCAUCCAAACUAGACUCAGCAGAAAUUGAUGGAUUCAAUGGAAUGGGAUUGACGUAA